AUUACAACUGUAACAGAAAAGAAUCCAGUUUCCUUUUCAACAACACUGUUACCUUUCCUUCUCGUCCUUCUCCUCCUAAUCUAAUGAUAAAAGUCAUCUUAUUUCUUUCUCUCUCCUAAAAGCUUUAUUUCUCUCUCUAAAAAUCCUCUCCUCUAAGUACAAUCCUCGCUAGACCCGUUCCCUCUCUUCAUCAUCCCAAUCUGUCCAUCUCCUUUUCUUUUCGUUUAUAUCCUGCCCUUUUCCUCUUCUCUCUCUAGGGUUUUUGAUUCUAUCCUCGCCGGAGAUGACGACCACUUCCGUCAAGAACAACCUCUUGCCGCCGGGCCUCGUCAACAAUCUCCAGGAAGUUCUUCAAAAUAGGAAAGGAAACGCUGCGCAAGGGGAAGCUGACAACUCCGCCGGGGAAUCCACUGAGCCGUCUACUUCUGCUACUAAUCAGAAUCCCGCUGACGAAAUCGACGGCACCAAGCCGGUUGUUUUGGUCACCAAUGGAGAUGGAAUUGAGUCCCCUGGCCUUGUGUAUCUCGUCGAAGCCUUGGUCCGUGAAGGCCUUUAUAAUGUCCACGUUUGCGCUCCCCAAUCGGAUAAAUCUGUUUCUGGCCAUUCCGUUACACUUCGAGAAACAAUUGCUGUGACUUCAGCAGAGAUUAUUGGCGCUACAGCUUUUGAAGUUUCAGGGACUCCUGUGGAUUGUGUAUCAUUAGCAUUAUCUGGGGCGCUGUUUUCAUGGUCAAAGCCUGUGCUGGUAAUUAGUGGAAUUAAUCGAGGAUCAAGCUGUGGACAUCACAUGUUUCACUCAGGUGUUGUUGCAGGAGCAAGGGAGGCAUUAAUUUCUGGUGUACCAUCUUUGUCCAUAUCUCUGAACUGGAAGAAGGAAGAAAGCCAAGAAAGUGAUUUUAAAGAUGCAGUCGCUGUUUGUUUGCCUCUAAUAAAUGCAGCUAUAAGAGAUAUAGAAAAGGGUGUUUUCCCACAGAGUUGCUCUCUGAAUAUAGAGAUUCCUACAGCUCCUCCAGCAAACAAGGGUUUCAAAUUGACCAAGCCAAGUAUGUGGAGAUCUGCCUUGAACUGGCAAGCUGUUUCAGCUAAUCGGCAUCCUUCUGCUGGGUUCAUGUCUAAUCAACAAAGCCUUGGCAUCCAACUUGCGCAGCUUAGUCGAGAUGCAUCUGCUGCUGGUGCUGCUCGACGCUUGACCACACAGAAGAAAAGUCUUGUGGAGAUAGAGUCUGUUGGGGCUUCUGGAAAAUCUGAUAACAACCGGGUGAAGAAGUACUUUCGACUGGAGUUUUUAGAUAAGGAGCUGAAAGAUACAGAUGAUGAUUUGGAUUUCAGGGCUCUUGAAAAUGGAUUUAUUGCUGUGACUCCUGUGUCACUUUCUCCUCAUGCUGAAUCCAACAUUCAAACGGCUGCAUCAGAUUGGAUCGCUGGAGCACUUUCCAGUGAGCAAUUAGAUCUCCAGACCAACAUAAAUUGAAAUCAGCGAUCUUGUAUACAGCUGCAGGAGUGAGAUUAUGUUAGCCAUUAAUUGAUCUGCCACAUCUGCCACAUAUUCUCUUUUUUUUUUUUCUUCGUUUCUUUCUUUGGUUCCUUAAUUUGUAUUUCCCUGAUGAUUUUUUAUAGGGGGUUCCAACUUCCAAUUCUGUUAAAGUUGGGGUGUGUCUUUGUUCUAGGUGUUGGUACAAAUGUAAUUGGAAAUGGCGGGGUCUGAUUCAUAAUACCCUGUACUUUCCUCCACUUGUUUUGUUUCCUUCUUGUUUGGAUUUGUAUGUAUUUGCCUCUAUAUUUAUAAUCUGGCUUUUAGCCAUUUGAUGGGUGACUAACAAUGAUUUGUUGACACAUAUUAAUGA